AUGGCGCAGGCCUCGGGGAUGGACCCACUUGUGGACACUGAGGAUGAGAGGCCCAAGUGGGACAACAAGCUCCAGUACCUGCUGAGCUGCAUCGGCUUUGCUGUGGGGCUGGGUAACAUAUGGCGGUUCCCCUACCUGUGCCAGACCCACGGGGGAGGGGCCUUCCUCAUUCCGUAUUUCAUUGCCCUGGUCUGUGAGGGGAUCCCGCUAUUUUACAUCGAGCUUGCCAUCGGGCAGCGCCUACGAAGGGGCAGCAUUGGGGUGUGGAAGACCAUCUCCCCCUACCUUGGCGGAGUAGGCCUGGGCUGCUUCUCAGUGUCCUUCUUGGUGAGCCUGUACUACAACACCGUUCUCCUGUGGGUCCUGUGGUUCUUCCUCAACUCCUUCCAGUACCCGCUGCCUUGGAGCACGUGCCCACUGGAUCUCAACAGAACAGGAUUUGUGCAGGAGUGCCAGAGCAGUGGCACCGUGAGCUACUUCUGGUACCGACAGACCCUGAAUAUCACAUCUGACAUCAACAACACAGGCACUGUGCAGUGGAAGCUGUUCCUCUGCCUGGUGGCUUGCUGGGCAACCGUGUACCUGUGUGUCAUCAGAGGCAUUGAGAGCACAGGGAAGGCAAUCUACUUUACAGCCCUGUUCCCUUACCUGGUGCUAACUAUCUUCCUUGUAAGAGGUUUGACCCUGCCUGGAGCAACAGAGGGCUUGACCUACCUGUUCACUCCCAAUAUGAAGAUCCUUCAGAAUCCACGGGUGUGGCUGGAUGCAGCCACCCAGAUUUUCUUCUCCCUGUCCCUGGCCUUUGGAGGACAUAUUGCUUUUGCAAGCUACAACCCGCCCAGGAACAAUUGUGAGAAGGAUGCCGUGAUCAUUGCCCUGGUCAACAGCAUGACCUCCCUGUAUGCGUCCAUCACCAUCUUCUCCAUCAUGGGGUUCAAGGCAUCCAAUGACUAUGGGAGGUGCCUGGACAGAAAUAUCCUGAGCCUCAUCAAUGAGUUCGACUUUCCAGAGCUUAGCAUCUCCAGGGAAGAGUAUCCAGCUGUCCUCAUGGACCUGAAUGCCACUCAGGCCGAGAGGGUGGCCCGACUUCCCCUGAAGACCUGCCAUCUGGAGGAUUUUCUGGAUAAGAGUGCCUCGGGCCCAGGCCUGGCCUUCAUCGUUUUCACAGAAGCUGUCCUGCACAUGCCAGGGGCUUCCGUGUGGUCGGUGCUCUUCUUUGGGAUGCUGUUCACCCUGGGUCUGUCCUCCAUGUUUGGGAACAUGGAGAGUGUCAUUACACCACUAUUUGACAUGGGGAUCUUACCCAAGGAUGUACCCAAAGAGGCCAUGACUGGGGUGGCUUGCCUUAUCUGUUUCCUCUCAGCCAUCUGCUUCACGCUGCAGUCCGGAAGCUACUGGCUGGAGAUCUUUGACAGUUUUGCAGCUUCUCUGAAUUUGAUCAUCUUUGCCUUCUUUGAGGUGGUUGGGGUCGUUUACGUUUAUGGGAUGAAACGGUUCAGUGAUGACAUUGAGUGGAUGACUGGGCGAAGGCCCAACCUCUACUGGCAGGUGACAUGGAGGGUGGUGAGCCCUAUGCUGCUGUUUGGCAUCUUCCUGUCCUACAUCAUCCUUCUGACCCAGAGAUCACCCAGCUACAAGGCCUGGAACCCCCAAUAUGAACAUUUUCCCUCAAGAGAAGAGAGGAUCUAUCCGGGCUGGGUGCAGGUCACCUGUGUGCUCCUGUCCUUCCUGCCCUCACUGUGGGUCCCAGGAGUUGCUCUGGCUCAGCUACUGUCCCAGUACAGGCGGAGGUGGAAGGACACACAUCUGGAAAGUGGUCUGAAGCCAUAUGAGAGCAGAGGCUGCUGAGGGGGUGAAGCCAGGGUAGCCCAGGAUGGGAAAGAAGGCCUGUGCCACUCAGAUGCAGCCUCAUUACACUCUGUCCACUACUGUGACCAUGUGGUUAUUGCUUUCCCAGCUUUCUGUGUUGUGGAAGACUCAUCAGGGCAGCUACAGGUUGUCCAGUGGCCAUCUGUGUGAGGCCAUUCCUCCAAAUCUAAGGCCCCACAAUGCUAGGGUGCAGUCUGUGUGAACAUGGCUUCCUCCUGAAAUCUAUGCUGAUUUGGGCCGCCCUGAGUGUACUUCAUUGGCAUAGUGGCAGGACUGUUGAAUACCUUUUCUAUGAAUGGCCUCUACAUUGCUAAUUCCAGAAAUCCAGCCUUAAUGCUGUCCUUCAAAAGACAACUGAGCUCAGGGGGAGGAACCUGACAGGCAAGAAACCUCUUCCUCCUUCCAUAUUGUCCUGGAGUCACUACACAGGUGCAGAUGCCAGAUCAGUAGAGAACCCAGUAUCCCACGCCUUCAACCAGUGUCACAGGGGUGGGGUGGCCAUAAGCUGAGGAGGUAUUGACUGUAUCACUGACUCAUCAUAUAUAUUGUCAUUUUUAUUUUCUGAGUGUCUAAGUUUUGUUUGUCAAGAAGAUAUAGUCAGUUUCCACUCUCUCAUGAAAGGGAUAAUUACUCCUUCACAUCUGUUCUCUCACUGGGACUCUGUAUUGCCCUGUUCUCUGUAGCCUUCUGGCACAGCCAUGGCUCCAGAACCAUAGAGGGCUCUUUUCCUCAGUGCCUCAGUGCUCGGAGAACCCCCUCCCUCUCUCCUUCCUGUUCUUCUGUUUUCUGCCCCUUUCAUCAGCACUGUGAAGUCAGGGUCAUCUCUGAAACCCGGGACCCAGGACAAGAAUGCUUACUUCUGACAACCAGUGGCUUUGUGAUGUCACUGACUGCCCAGGCACAGCAGACCCUGGUGUCUCCAAGGAGAGCUUGAUGGCUGCUGCUGUCCAUGGUGCUGA